AUGGGAGCUCCCGAACAAUUCCACCUGGUCUAUGGGAUUGGGCCAGAUGAUGUGUGGACCAAGAGGUCGUGGAUAGAAGGAGUUUUCUAUAAGCGAGAAUGUGGAAAAAUUAUAACCAGUUCAAGAGAUUCGCACAGGUGUCUUCCAGGAUGCCAGAUUUGUCAGAACCUAGUGCGAUGCUGCUGUGGCCGACUGGUUGGGGAUCACUCUGGCUUGGAUAGUAAAUUGCCAGUCUAUUUAUCAGCCCGUGAUGAUGAAGAGGAGGAGUGGUGUGUUGAGAAUCACACCAUUGCGAGUCCAACUGAUGCUUUUGGUACCAUAGACUUCCAGGAUGGUGCUUAUUCCUAUCGAGCUAAGUAUAUCAGAGUCUCGUAUGAUACAGAAAUGCAUCAGUUGCUUCAUCUGAUGCUGAAGGAAUGGCUGAUGGAACUACCAAAGCUGCUGAUAUCUGUCCAUGGAGGUAGCCAGAACUUUGAACUUCCUCCAAAAGUCAAACAGAUCUUUGGCAAAGGACUUAUCAAAGCAGCUGAGACCACUGGAGCCUGGAUUGUGACUGAGGGCAUCAAUACAGGAACUGCUAGACAUGUCGGUGAUGCAGUAAGAGAUCACACUUCUCCAUAUUUACGGAAAAUCUGUAUAAUAGGAAUUACUCCCUGGGGAGUCAUUGAAAACAACAGAGAUUUGAUAGGAAAAGAUGUUGUAUGUCCCUAUCAAAUGCUUGGGAAUCCCCUGAGCAAGCUGACCAGUUUAAAUAGCAAGCAUUCACAUUUCAUCCUGGUUGAUGAUGGGACUGUUGGCAAGUAUGGUAAUGAAAUGAAGCUAAGAAGAAAGCUGGAAAAAUAUAUUGCACUGCAGAAAAUCCAUUCUCGAAUGGGCCAAGGUGUCCCUGUGGUGGGGCUGGUGAUUGAAGGCGAUCCCAAUGUCAUCCUGACAGUAUGGGAAUACGUAAGAGAAGCUCCUCCUGUGCCUGUUGUUGUGUGUGAAGGAACAGGCAGGGCAGCUGAUCUCCUGGCUUUUAUCCAUAAACAUACUGCAGAUGGUGGGAAAUUGUAUCCUGGCUUGGAAGUUGAAUUGAUAUUAAUGAUCCAGAAGACCUUUAAUUUUGGACAGAAGCAAUCAGAUCAUUUAUUUAAAAUUCUUAUGGAAUGUAUGGAGCACAGAGAAUCGAUUACAAUAUUUGAUGCAGACUCGGAAGAACAGCAGGACAUUGACCUGGCAAUCUUAACUGCGCUCCUCAAAGGUACAAAUACUUCUGCAUCAGACCAGCUAAGUUUGGCACUGGCAUGGGACAGAGUGGAUAUUGCCAAGAGAAACAUUUUGGUUUAUGGGCAACAUUGGAAGGUGGGCUCUCUGGAGCAAGCCAUGCUUGAUGCUUUGUUAAUGGAUCGGGUGGACUUUGUGAAACUACUCAUUGAGAAUGGAGUGAGCAUGCAUCACUUUCUCACCAUCUCCAGGCUCGAGGAACUCUACAACAUGAAACAAGGUCCAACUAAUCUUUUGUUGCAUCACUUGGUUCGCGACAUGAAGCAGAGCAACCUACCACCUGGUUACAAGGUUACCCUGAUUGAUAUUGGUUUGGUGAUGGAAUACCUGGUUGGAGGUGCAUACAGAAGCAGCUAUACACGGAAAUCCUUCAGGCUCUUCUAUAACAGCCUUUACAGACAGCACAAGCGAGUUGGCCGUCUUAGUGUAACCAGUUUCACUCAAAGCUGGACCCAUCAUUCCCUGGACCAGAACAGAGAACCAGCUUCCAGAAUGGGAAGUGGUGAGCAGAGACUACAUUCCCAGUUCAUUAGAACAGCCCAGCCAUACAAACGCAAGGAGAAAUCUGUUUCACUUUCUAAGUCAAAAAGGAAGCAAAAAGAGGAUGUAAGUUUUUCAGAAGAUCAUGAUUCUGCAGGUUUUAUUUAUCCCUAUAAUGAUCUACUGGUGUGGGCGGUGCUGAUGAAACGACAAAGGAUGGCCAUGUUCUUCUGGCAGCAUGGUGAAGAAGCCAUGGCGAAGGCAGUGGUAGCCUGCAAACUGUACAGAGCCAUGGCUCAUGAGGCUAAGCAGAGUAACAUGAUGGAGGAUACCUCAGAACAGUUGAAACAAUAUUCCAAGGAAUUUGGCCAGCUUGCUGUGGACCUUUUAGAUCAUGCGUUCAAGCAGAAUGAGCGAAUGGCCAUGAAGUUGCUGACCUAUGAGCUGAGGAACUGGAGCAACUCCACUUGUUUGAAACUGGCCGUGUCAUCUCGACUUCGACCAUUUGUUUCCCACACCUGCACUCAAAUGCUCCUAACUGAUAUCUGGAUGGGACGGCUGAACAUGAGGAAGAACUCGUGGUUUAAGGUAAUUCUGAGCAUUCUUCUGCCUCCCAGCAUUCUGAUGUUGGAGUUUAAGAGCAGGGCUGAAAUGUCCCACAUCCCCCAGUCUCAGGAAUCGCAUCAGUUUGCUCGACAGUACAGUUUCCAAAACGCCAAUACUGCCAAGGAUGAGCAGCCUCCUAUGGACUAUGACUCAGAAAAAGGAACAGAAAAAUCCAAAGGAAGUCAAGAUGAGAUCGUUGGUACAAGACAGAGGGGGCUGCCUUGGACAAGAAAAGCCUAUGAAUUUUACAAUGCACCUAUUGUCAAGUUCUGGUUCCACACGAUUGCCUACUUGGUAUUUCUGAUGCUGUUUACCUACACGGUGUUGGUGAAAAUGGAGCCCUUGCCCAGUGUCCAAGAAUGGAUUGUCAUCAUUUACAUUUUCACAAAUGCUGUGGAGAAAGCCAGAGAGAUCUUAAUAUCAGAGCCAGGAAAAUUCAGCCGGAAGGUUAAAGUUUGGGUCCAAGAAUACUGGAACUUCAAUGAUUCUGUAGCUAUAAUUCUAUUUGCUGUUGGAUUUGGUUUACGCUGGACUAACCAGCCAUUGCAGAUUGCUGGAAGGAUUAUAUACUCCUUGGAUAUUAUAUUUUGGUUUGUGAGGCUUCUGGAUUUCUUUGCCGUUAAUCAGCAUGCAGGUCCAUACUUGACAAUGAUCGGGAAAAUGACGGCUAACAUGUUCUAUAUAGUGAUAUUAAUGGCAAUUGUCCUCUUGAGCUUUGGGGUGUCAAGAAAGGCCAUACUUUCUCCAUCAGAACAACCUUCCUGGCGUCUUGCUCGAGAUAUAGUGUUCCAGCCUUACUGGAUGAUAUUUGGUGAAGUCUACGCUGGUGAAAUUGAUCCAUGUGAAGAAAAUGAAGAUUGCCCUCCUGGUUCAUUUCUUAAUCCUUUCCUUCAGGCAGUUUAUCUGUUUGUACAAUACAUUAUACUGGUCAAUCUGCUCAUUGCUUUCUUCAACAAUGUGUACUAUGAAAUAAAAUCCAUAUCUAAUAAACUUUGGAAAUAUAAUCGCUACCGCUACAUUAUGACCUAUCGUGAAAAGCCAUGGCUGCCACCGCCACUUAUUAUUUUCAGUCACAUAGCUUUGCUUUUGAGUCGAAUAUAUCAACAUCGAGCAAAAAAUGAAGUGGACCAAGAGGAAGAUGAUGUUGGUUUAAAGUUGUAUCUGAGUAAGGAGGAGUUGAAAAAGCUUCAUGACUUUGAGGAGCUAUGUGUUGAGAAAUACUUCCAUGAGAAAAAUGAGCAUCUUCAUUCAAGUGACAAUGAAAGAAUUAGAGUAACAACUGAAAGAGUGGAAGAAAUGGCAAUGCAUUUGAAAGAAGUAAAUGAAAAAGUACAUUUUGUCAAGGAAUCCUUGCACUCUUUGGACAGCCAACUUGGACACCUGCAGGACCUCUCUGCUCUCACUGUGGACACUCUGAAAGUGAUCUCUGCUGUGGACAGUUUAAAAGUGGAUGAGGCAUUUCUGGGGAAAAGCACAGAAAACAGUGACUUUCGAAAGUUGCCACAAGGCUGCACAAAUGAGAUUCAUUUGAAUCACUCGGACAAUUUUUCUGUUGAAGUUCAAGCAAAGCAAAAUUAUUAUAGUAAUCCACCUUCACUCCUUCAGAGCUUGUGUUAUCCCAAUUCGUGUGCUAUAACUGAAUCACCUAAAUCAGAAAAGCAAGAUGAUAACAAUCAGAUGGUGAAUGUUGACCAAGGGCUUUCUAAGCAAAAAGAAUUGGAAGGUGGUACAGUCAUGGCUGUUGUGUCAUCUGAGCCCAUGUCACCUCAUAAGUGUGAACAGUUAUUCCUGAUCCCCUCUCCUCUUGAAAGCCCCAAGUGUACAGAGGUCCGCUUUAAUAUGUCACUUCCGUGCACUCCAACAUUUACCAAGUUAAAUUUGAUAGCUCAAAAGCAAACUGAUAGUCCAUGCAGCAUCCCAAUUCAGCUCAGCUUUCAAAGGAUGGUUCCUAACCACAAUGAAGCUGACAAUCAUGAUGGAAAACAGGGGGAUGUUGCUCACGUGUCACCUGUGAGGACUGAUAAACUUUCAUUAAGUUCACUGACUCCUUCCAUUAUUAAUGAUUCUUCCCUGGUACCAACCAGCCACAGUGAAGGUGGUUACAUCAACUGGGCAUUCAAUGAAGAUGAUGAACAGGGGGUCUUCAGUGCAAGUUUAAAGAAUCAAAAUAUAAAACAUUCUUUGCGCGAUAUGGAUUGUAAUUAUGAGGAUGGUGGAUCAUGUCAUACUCAUGUGAAAAAAGCUCGAUCCUUGUCCUGGAACUCAGAAACAUCUGGGCGUAGCACAGAAGGUCUGGUAUCUUUCUCCAGACACGGUAUUUCCUAUUGGAUUAAUCCACUGAGGAAACACAACUCUUCUCGAUGGAAAAGCUUCAGGUUAAAGAUUCAAAAGGAAGAAAAUCAGUGGCGGAGAAGUAAAAUGAAAGCCUUUACAAAAUCAUCACAACUUUACCACUCAAUGAGGUCAAAAUCAAAGUCACAAAAUGAGGAGAAAGCAUUGUUCAAAGAACAGAAGAAACUUCCAAAUCUGCAGGUACCGGUAAUCACAGUGGACAGAUGCUUUCAGAAGAGCCUGGACUCUGAUCAACAAGGCAACACUGGAAGUGAGGAGAAUGUGGAAGAGAAAGAAAGUAACAAAAACUGGUUAACUGUUUCCACUUUCAACCAGAUCAGUUAUGAGGCAAACAGUUGUUCAAAUGAAAAAGUUCAUAAUCAAGAAGCCAGCACAUUAUCCAAGCCAUACAAUGAAGUUUUGAGGACCUCAUUUGAGGAUUUGGCUGAAGGCUCGCUUUGGCAGAAUAGGAGUAAUUUAAGUAGGAAAUCCUCGUCAAAUUCAUGCAUUAUUGAAGGAUAUGGUACCUCAUUUAAAACAUCACACGAUCUGAACUAUCAUUACUCUGCUGUUGAAAGAAAUAACUUAAUGAGGCUUGCACAGACGAUACCAUUCACUCCUAUCGAUCUCUUUGCGGGUGAGGAGGUAACCAUCUACCAACUGGAGGAGAGUUCAUCGGUGAACCUGGACAAAAGCAUGUCCUCCUGGUCCCAGCAUGGCUUGGCCGCCAUGAUUCACGUCCUUUCGAGGGAGGAAAUGGAUGGGGGUCUUCGCAGGGCUAUGAAGGUGUGUUGCACUUGGUCUGAAGAGGAGGUGCUGAAAACUGGGCAGACAUAUAUCAUCAAGUCCUUCCAGCCUGAGGUAGUCAAAACCUGGCAGAAAGUCUUCAGUGAAGGCACAGUGUUGCAUCUCUGUCUGAGGGAAAUCCAACAGCAAAGAGCUGCACAAAAACUCAUUCAUAGAUUCAAUCAAAUGAAGCCUCAAUCUAUCCCUUACACUCCAAGAUUUCUGGAAGUUUUUCUGGUGUACUGCCAUUCCGCUGAUCAGUGGCUAACGAUGGAGAAAUACAUGAAUGGUCAGUUCAGAAAGUACAACAACAACAACGGAGAUGAGAUAAUCCCAACAAAUCUUAUGGAAGAGAUGAUGCUAGCCUUUUCCCACUGGACUUUUGAAUACACGAGAGGGGAACUCCUUGUGCUGGAUUUACAAGGCGUUGGUGAAAAUCUUACAGAUCCAUCUGUUAUUAAAGCUGAGGAGAAAACGUCACAGGAAAUGGAGUUUGGCCCAGCUAACCUUGGAGAAGAAGCAAUCAGAAACUUCACUGUAAAACAUCACUGUAAUACCUGCUGCAAAAAGCUUAAGCUCCCAGAUUUGAGAAGAAAUUUUUACAAUCCAGGAAAAAUAAACACUCCACUUGAAGACGAUGCCUUGGAAGUGAACACACGAUUGUAA